CAAUUCCGUUGUUGUUAUUUUCCCCCAUUCCUCUCUCCUCUCGUCACUCGGAGAACUGCAUUGUUUUCACUAAUAAGUUUUGUUUCUAUUUACGCUUUUCAGUCCGUCAUACUGAUAUAUAGGUUGAUUGCGCAUAGAAUCUGUUUGCUAAAAUGCUUAAGGGAAAAUUUUCUCCUUUUUUCCAAAACGGUCUUCUUUUUACCGAUGUGGUCAGCUAUUUUGUUUGGUGACGUGGGGUCAUCACAAUAAAAAUGAAAAAUACAUCUUGGGUCCUUUCGUUUCCUUGCUUUGAAACAAUGCUAUCAACACUUCAACCCCCGCGUUAUCUUUCUCGUCUCCCACUCCGGGGCCGCACCAAAUCCCGCCCCUUUCACAUCCUUUCUUCCGCACAGCCCGUCACCAAGACCUCCUUCGCAGCAGACCAAUCACAAAUCCUCUCCAUUCGUGACUCGCUGCUCAACCGUCACCUCAGUGCUGUGGAACUGACACAUUCCUACCUGGACCGUCUCAAACAAACAGAGCCCCAUAUCAACUGUUUCCUUCACGUCUCCGACCCUGACAAGGUCCUGAAACAAGCGCAGGAUAUUGACGACAAGAUAAAAAGGAAUGAAGAAGUGGGUCCCCUUGCUGGCGUCCUCGUCGCUAUCAAAGACAACAUUUGUACGGCUGAUAUGCCUUCCACUGGUGGCUCUUACAUCCUGGAAGGCUACCGUCCUCCGUUCGAUGCCACUGCCGUGAAGAGGUUGAAGGACUUGGGUGCCAUUGUUGUUGGAAAGACCAACUUGGAUGAGUUUGGUAUGGGGAGUACUACUGAAGCUUCUGCUUUUAAGGUGACAGCGAACCCAUGGGACCUUUCUCGGGUGCCAGGGGGAUCUUCGGGUGGCUCUGCUGCAUCUGUAUCAGCCAGGCAAUGUGUUGUGUCACUUGGGAGUGACACUGGUGGAAGUGUGAGGCAACCGGCAUCAUUUUGUGGUGUAGUUGGUUUGAAGCCAACUUAUGGACGUGUUUCGAGAUUUGGACUUAUGGCAUAUGCGUCAUCCCUUGAUGUUAUUGGAUGUUUUGGUUCCUCCGUUGCUGACACCGGGAUUCUUCUUCAUGCAAUUUCUGGUCAUGAUUCACUUGAUGCUACUAGCAGUAAACGAGAGGUGCCUGAUUUCACUUCUCAAUUCACUUCUGCAAGUUCUUUGAAAUCCAGACCAUUAGAGGGGUUAAGGGUCGGUCUUAUCCGUGAAACUGUUGAUGCUGGUGUUGAUUCUGGAGUUAAAUCAGCAAUAGAGGGUGCUGCAACUCAUCUGGAACAAUUAGGAUGUGUUUUGAAAGAGGUUUCAUUGCCAUCAUUCUCUCUUGGUUUACCAGCUUACUAUAUUCUUGCAUCAUCAGAAUCAUCUUCAAACUUAUCAAGAUAUGAUGGUGUCAGAUAUGGGAAUCAAGCUUCUUCUGAUGAGCUAAAUGCCCUUUAUGAAGAAUCGAGGGCUAAAGGAUUUGGAUCAGAGGUCAAAAUGAGAAUAUUAAUGGGAACAUAUGCGCUUUCAGCUGGAUAUUAUGAUGCAUAUUACAAGCGUGCUCAACAGGUAAGGACCAUAAUUCGGAAAAGCUUCAAGGCAGCAUUGGAUGAAAAUGACAUCCUGAUUUCACCUGCAGCUCCGUCCGCUGCAUAUAAGAUUGGUGAGAAGAAGAAUGACCCAUUGGCAAUGUAUGCCGGAGAUAUUAUGACGGUGAAUGUUAACUUGGCGGGCUUACCUGCAUUGGUUUUGCCAUGCGGAUUUGUUGAAGGGGGAGCUGUUGGCCUUCCUGUUGGCCUUCAAAUCAUUGGUGCGGCAUUUGAUGAGGAAAAGUUGGUAAAAGUGGGUCACAUCUUUGAGCAGACUCUUGAAGGUUACAAUUUUGUCCCUCCGCUCAUCACGGAUGUGGGUGGUGCUUCGGCCUGAACUUUGAUUAUCCAUGCUUUUUCAAGGACAUUAGUAAGUAGCCAAUGAAUGAAUCUUAAAAUUGAAAACCAUUUUGGUGAGUGGAUCCUCUACAUCAGACGUUGUGCUGUUAAUACAUAGGACUGACCUUUGAGGCAUGCUGAUGGCCAAUGUGCUUUAGAGACCCCAAUGAUUAUCCGCAACAACAGCAGCAGCAUUGAACUACAAUGUUGUUCCUACAAAUAAUUGCUAAGAUGCCCCUCAAGUUUGUCAAUCUGUCCAAAAUAUUUCAAUGUGAUACGUUAUAUUUAUUGUAUAACAUAAAAGUUUUUUGGGUGCUUAUUUUCGUUUAGGUGAUGGUGUUGAGUGAGACAAGUUUAAGGAAACACUCUUGUUAUUCAAUGAAUAAAUCUUUGUUUAGUUCC